GAUUUAGUGAAAAGCUAAUUUCCAUCUGUGGUCCUACACAUAAUGAGUAGAUGCAAUAAAAUUCAAGGAGCAAUGCGGACUACAGUCAAUCCAUGUCUCUAACAUAACAGGAGCAGUAUGUACACACUACAUAGUAUAAAAUACAAUAUAAAAAACCAGUAGCUACCUUGACCAUGCUUUAGUGCAGGUGCCUUACAUAAUAAAAACAGUAAGCACACACUGCAUGGUCAAAAUACAAGAUGAAGUACAAUUACUUUACUUUUCAGUGACAAAGUUAACAGUCACACAAUAACCAUGGCAGGCACAGGCUGCACAAGACAAUUUACAGUAAGAAAUAUGCAAUGAACACAUUACGCGUGACAAAGUUAGCAGCACAUGUGCCCGCUAAGGUCACCUCUAACAUCUAUCUGAGAUCAGUGCUGGUAAGAUAGUAAAGGUCGCUGACCCCUGAGGUGAGGUGACAGUAAGCUGAGCCUGUGAUUGUCUUUAUGUGACAUUGAGAUUUUAGGUUGAGGUCGAGUCAUGAUUGUGCAGCUUCAGAUGUGGAGAGUCGGUGCAGUUGGGAGAAAUUGCCCUUGAGGGUUUUCAACCAGGAGGGCAUCUCUUGGUAAGGUUUGGGUUAAGAAGAACAGACUUCUGUCCACAAGGAGUGAGUCAGCUGGCAGCGCUGUACCCAUCAUGCAAUGCAGGGCCAGAUCUCAUAGAAAAUGAAUAGGAUCCGUCAACUUCACACGCAUCAUAGAUCCUGUGUGUCUCCACCACCAGCUUCACCAGUCAGUUCACUGGGAGAGUAACACAAAGCAGAAUCAGUGUUGUCACACACAUUUCACCUGAGGUGCUGAUGACACACUUCAGGAUGUGGAUGAGUUUAAUUUGUAACUGUAAAUCUAAUCUAAUAUGUGGUGUUUUAAAAACAUUUAAUGAGAUGAAGUCCACUGUGAUGAUGAAGAUGAUGAUGAUGAAGAUGAAGACAGAUGUUCAGAUGUGCAGAAAAUGUGAUCUGUGAAUGAUCCUGCUGACACAUCGUCACUGCAGUGAUUCUUCUCUUCGCAUUUAUGAACAUCUUUAUUUGUGGCUGCUCUGCAUUCUGUGGUUUGUGUCGAAGGUGUGCGCGCGUGCGUGCGCGCGUGAGUUAGGGGCGUGGAGGUGGAGGGGAGUGUUGCAUCCUCUCACGUGACCAGCCUGUCUGUCCUCUCCUCAGUCCGGAUCUCUUUGUUGUGGUUGCAGCUGCUGCUCUCUUUACGCACCGCGUCUCCGCUCCGCCGGAUCCCCGAGCCGCUUCAUUACCGCGCGGACAAACGCAGCCGGAGCGCCGCGAUCAUCACUGUGAGCGGGUGACCGGGACGUGGAGGAUCGCUCCGUGUGCGACACCCGACAGAUACAAGCGGUGUGAGAGAAAUCCAGCCACAAACACGCGGAGCUUCGGUGCGGAGGAAGGACGGAUGGCGGGGAUGCUGCCGCUGCCUCCUCUGCUUCCUCCCUGGACAAACCGGACCGCCUCCGAGGCUUCCUGAACGCGGAAUCAAGCGAGGAGCUCUCUGCACAUUCCUCCAUCUUCAGCACAGACUUGUCUGCUCUGGUCUCUCCCGCCCUCUGGUGCUCUCCUUUCAGCGGGACACAGCGUGAGGCAGCCGGGGUGUUUUCUCUCGAGUCUCCGCCUGCUCCAUCAGGGAUUACGCCAAACUGUUUGCACGCCUCUCCACCUGAAUCGAGAACCGAGUGAAUUGUGUGCCGCUGUCUGGAGGUUGGAUCAUCAUCAACAUCAUCAUCAUGGUGUCAGGCCCUGGGAGGUGUCCCGGGCGUCCCGGCGGGGUUGUCCGGUACCUGGUGUCCGCCUGCCUGCUGUCUCUGCUGCUCUACCUGCCGGAGGCUCGGGCGUCUUAUUACCCACAGAGCGGAGAGUGCAAAGGCAAAGGGAAAGACUGCACAGAUCUGUCAGAGAAGAAGAGCGACCUGAGGGUUUGUGAUGACUCCACCUGCCGAUUCGGAGGCGUCUGCAGAGACGACGGAGCUCAGCUCAAAUGUGUCUGCCAGUUCCAGUGUCACAAAAACUACAUCCCCGUGUGCGGCUCCAAUGGAGACACCUACCAGAACGAGUGCUACAGGCGACAGGCGUCCUGCAAACAGCAGAGACUGAUCUCCCGGGUGUCAGACGGGCCCUGCUCCGCCGAUCCUGGUUCUGGUUCAGGAGACGGAGACGAUGAUGAAGGUUCAGGCUCUGACGUCGGGAAGAAGUUCACCAAGUGCAGCACAUGUAAAUAUGGCGCCGAAUGUGAUGAAGACUCAGAGGAUGUCUGGUGCAUAUGUAACAUCGACUGCAGCGGACACAAUGAAAACCCGGUGUGUGCCACUGACGGGAACUCCUACAACAACCCCUGUCUGGUCCGAGAGGCGUCAUGUAUGAAGCAGGAGCAGAUUGAUGUCAAACAUCUGGGCAGGUGCCCCGCUGAUAAGGAGAAACUGGGGAAGAAAGACGACAGCAGCCCUUUCAAAGUGAACGUCUUAGAAACCACCGGUCUGGACCACGGUGACGGUUUCUAUGCAGGGAUGCCGAUCCCCUGCGCUGACAGCUACGCCGGCUUCUGUGUUCACGGGAAAUGUGAGAUCAAAUACAACAUGGCAACCUGCAGGUGUGACGCCGGCUACAAAGGUCCUCAGUGUGACGAGCCUCAGGACUUCAACAUCCUCUACGUCGUCCCCAGUGGACAGAAGCUCCACUACGUCCUCAUCGCCGCCAUCAUCGGCGCCGUGCAGAUCGCCAUCAUCGUCGCUGUGGUGAUGUGCAUCACAAGGAAAUGUCCGAAAAACAACAGGGGUCGCCGGCAAAAACAAAACCUCGGACACUUUUCCUCGGACACUAACUCCAGGAUGGUAUAGCCGUGUUUGUCUGGGUUCUUUUUGAUAAGUUUUUUCUUACAAUGUGGGGAAAACCAUUUUUUAACGGUUGAUGUGAGGUAUCCAUUUUUUUUCUCCUGGGAAACCAUUUAAAAAAGAAGAAUAUUUAUUUAAGGGGCCUUAUUUCCCUCCUUUUUUUUUCUUUUUUCUUUUGCUUUUGGAUAGUCUUUCUUUGCCGCAAGACCAAGUACAAGGAGCCGAAUCGUCAAAACCCGCUGUCACUUUACAUCGUUAACAUGUCCGCUGUCUUAAUUACUUUAAACGUUAAAGGUUUUGUUGAAUGCUUUAUGAAUACAGUAGCUUUGGUAAACUGGCUAACAGAGUAAUGUCUGCCCCUCUGGAAUGUGCUAUUUAUUGAAAAAGAUGAUUUCUACGCCCCUCUCUGUUUUACGUUUUACGACUAAUGUGCAGCUGAUCACCAAAUGCAGUUUGUUUUUGUGUUUUGUAGGAGGUGAGUGGGGGCCAGCCAGUGAUACAGAUAUGUUUACAGUUAUUCUUUGGUAUGUAAAGACUUCACUGUGGUCAAACGAGCUAAUAAUUUAUUGUUAUCAUUAUAAUUAUUAUUUUCUUCAAAGUAGUUUUUACUCAAGGUUUUAUGUUAACUUUUAUUUCAAACGUUGGUUUCUAAAUUCUAGUUCCUGUAUAUUCGCAUGACUUGUGAAAACUGUGUACUGUGGUGUAGUUUUAACUUUUUAAAAGAAAAGCCGACGGCCCCGACGCCUCCUCCAUCUCAGAGCCGCAGAGAUCCGAUGGAGAUUGGAAUCCAAAAAGUCGGACUGAUGAACGGAGGACACUGAGGGGGGAAGGUAUAAGUCGCUGUUGAAGAAAGGAAUGUGUAAUGUUUUGGGAAACCGCACCAGAAAAUAACAUAAAAGAACUCUUGUGUCGACGGCUGGAAACUUCGGAGUACAUUCUUCUAAUUACCACUUUUGCUUUGUUGAGGAACAGAUUCGUGUUGAUUUUCAGCCUCAGAGGAAUGUUUUUGCGUCUUCGUCCAAAAAGCUGAGGAUUGUAAAAGGAAGUGCGUCGGCUGUUUUGGGGUUUGAAGGACCGACUGCAACUCUAAAUGAUAUUUUUUAUGUAACUGGAGAAAGUCUCGGUUGCUGAGUGGGCUGUAAUCGAGGCGUUUCUUUGAAUGUGAGAGAAUAUUUGUGUCCUUUUUUUGUCUGUUUUAGUUUUGCAUUUGCUCCUCAGCGAGACAUUCCAAGCACAGAGGAUCCCGUACAGAAAAAAACCCGAUAAUAAUCCUGCAGGAAACACUUUACAGUAAAAUUGUAUCUCUUAAAGACAACGUUUCCCUCCAGUGUGAACAUGUGAUCAGAUGCAGGUCCUACAGAUGUCAGUGGUGUGCAGCUAACUCACCAUCAUUAAAGUCUCCUAGGGUAUUAUUGUUAAGUGAAAACUGUGCAGACAGAAAAUACAGUCAACAACAAUCCUGACAGUAUGUCGACAGGAACUUUAUAUCCAGUGAAUGACGAUGCCUUUUCUGUGUUGUUCCCUUGUGUCCAGGAGUUCUUUGUAACACAACCUGUUGUUAUAUUAUUUAUGUCAUUUUUGUGUGUUUUUUAUCAAAGCCCGGUCAUUUCUUUACAAACCAACUUGUCUUGUUCUUGAGCUGUAAACUCCACCUCCGUCCCACCUCUGAACUCUCAAAAGUGAAACCUUUCUUUGCUUCAGAUCGGCUCUGUCGCUCCUUUUAAUGGCGAAUUUAAAUUAAAAUACAAUCGUAGUAUCAAUCAAUCACAAACUAAACCUUCUCCUCAUGGCGUCCAGUGAUAGCAGCUGGUUUUAUCUGAACUAAUCUUUUGAGUUUCCAAAACAGCAAUGUAUGUUUUGAUGCUCAGUGUUCAGGAGGUUGGAGAAAUCAACAGUCAACAGUGUUUGGUGUCUGGAUGCAAAAGCUGACUUGUAUUUUUUAGUAUUCAAACCUCAGUCACUUGUUCAUGUCAUAUUGGAUAUUCUCUAAAUACAAGCUUCUGAUAAUCCGUUUGUGUCAAGGCAUUCACAGAAAUCUUUUUCAGGCUUUAAAAUCGACGGUUAUCGUCGUCGCAAGGAAACUAAAUUGACUUGUGAAAAGUGACAAAUAUCUGCUGUCGUCUGUUUAAAGCUGACUUGUUCCAACAGUGUGAGCACACCAAGAUUUUACUUUAGAAAAAAAAAAAAAACCUGAAUGUUCUGUCUCCUGAUGUGAUGAAAGGCGAUUAACUAUGCAUUGACUCUACUGCCAUUUACUCCACUUCGCAACUUUAUAGUUAUAGAGGGCCCUUUCACACCUUCCUCUUUUGGUCUGGAUGUUCAGACUUUUCUGUUUCGUCCGAACCAAAAUUACAGGUGUGAAACCUCCCCAGAUCAAACAGCUAAACUGUAGUCAUAUGAAAUAGUCAGUCUCAAUCUGGAUCAAGCUGAACCUUUGUUCAGUUCUGGUGUGAAAACACUGUGAAAUUUUGUGGAUGGUUGGGACAUUGGGACCAAUUACAGGAAGUACUUGCAGGCUGUCGUCAGAACCGGAAAAACAACAAAACAAAUUGAGCCGCAGUGGAUCAUAGAUGAAAACCAAAUGUUUAACAGACAUUUGGUCUCUUUUACAAAAAAAAAAAAAUCAUAAAAAUUCCAACCUUUUCUUAUUAUUUUCCAAUCAGACGAGAGAGAGAGGAUACGAGAGGAUAGAUGAGCCCAUCUGCAGAGCAAUCAGUCAAGUAUUGGGAGAACCAUCUCACAUAAGGGCAUGACGAUAGAACGUAGGCGGCAGGCGAUGACAACAGGACACAGGUAUGCCUUACAAAGUUCUUUAGAGCGCUCGCAUCAUUGCAAUGAGAAACCAAAACUAACCAGAUCAAAUGUUUACAAUGAACCUUGGCUCGGACUUAAAGGUGUGAAAAUGCCUUGAGAAGAAGAGACUUUAAGCUACAGUUGGUUACUAAAUUAAUUUGGGGAUAAUGAAUCGGAAAAGCUGCCCAGUCAAGUAUAAAGGCCAGUUCACACCAGCAUUAUUAAAGUUAAAGUCUGGAACAAAAUCAGUUACUUUGAUGGCGUUGUCAGGAUAAUUAGGAAGUGGCUGCAGUUACACCAAAGUCACACUGUUGAUCAAUCGCAAACAAUAUUAGCAGUAUGGACCUUUAUGAUAACAGAGACCUGACGCGUCCAAAUGGAGGACGCUGUUGUAUUAGCUGUGACACACGUCCUCGCAUCAGCUGACGGAUGUUGCUGUUGUUGUUUAAACCCGGGCUGAGGGAUCGUCUCUGUGAGCCGCUGUCCUGCUCUCUCUGCCAGGUUAGCAUGAGCUAACACAGCAGCAAGACCGAGCCGUUAAACGGUCCCAACAAUCUCGCCCUGACACUGAAACAGCUCAACUGUGUCAUUUAAGCUGUAUUAACAGGUUAAAUGACACAGUUGCUAACAGUUAGCCCUGUCACUGUGUGUGUGAUGCUGUCCCAAGCGCAGAGCUCCGGUCCCGUAGCAGUUGUUCCAUGUUAAACCAAGAGGAUGAGAGAGCAGGGCAACAAGGGGCUGAGCAGAUCAAUACGCUGCACACAGCUCUACAAUGACAUGAGAUUUUAUCUGCUUUAAAUAGUGAUUGGACAAAUUGCAAGAUCACACAGAAUUCAUGGGAAUUUCCGUUACGUGUUGUGAUCACAGCCUGGAGGGGCUGCUUAUUGUUCACUGGUGCCAGGUUUUGAUCUGAUCAGGACCUAGAAAUCUAGUUUACCUGGUUGCCAGACUCAUCAUGAAUAAUACCCCUUGAAUUGGCCCAAGCAUACUGGUCCACACAUGCAACCACUGGACAAAAAUGAUCUGCUACGUGGAGCUAAUUUUCAGCCAGAGUCUGCAGUAACAAAAAGUGGCACAUCUUGCAGUGAUAUUUGGGCCUGCCUGCUCACAUCAGGUCCUCUGGGUCCAAAAGUGCUCCAACACUAAGCCUUGAUUGGCCGACUCAGCUGACUACCUGAAUGUUACGCAUGAGCUGCGAUAUAUUUGGGGAAUAUCAAAAUAAGGUUGGCUAGCAUGCUAACUAACUUCAAGCUCACAUGUGCAAACUAUAUUCUAGGAUUCAAAGCAUUAAGCUAACAUUAUCUAACACCAGUUAGGUUGCAAAAAAAUCAAUAAGAAAGAUAAGUUAAAGUUUAAUCUCCAGAGAACAAUUAGCAUUCACAGUGAAUCAGUGUUAAUAAUUCGAUAAUCAUUUAUAUUUUCUUAUGCAUGGUCAGUGUGUCCUUUGCCUCAUCCGAUUCAGUAGGGAGGGGUGGCCCAGUCGUGAUUACAGAUUUCGGCGUGGAAGUGAAACUCUGAGGCCAUGCCGAGGUCCAAAAUGUCAGUUAACGGCAGGUUUUUCUUCCCUGUGUGUUUACCAUUUUUAUUUUCUGUCACAGGAUUUUUCUUUUCUGUAACAUCUUAGUCUACAGGUCGUAGGUCAGCCCCCCGACACCCUCCACCCCCUCCGCCGAGCAGCGUGUUUCUACUUGUUGUCGACCAUUGCAGCCGUGACUUCUCUAAAUGUGACUAGAAUGUGUUUGACAUGUUAAUAUUCUGCAUGUAGACUUUGAGAGGCUAUUUUUGGUCUC